UACGGAGAUUACGACCCCAGCGUUCAUAAGCGUGGCUUCUUGGCUCAAGAGGAGUUGCUUCCCAAACGGGUGAUAAAUCUCUACCAGAUGACUCCGGAAAUGUGGGAAGAAAGGAUUACAGCCUGGUACGGCCAACAUCGAGGUAGAGCCAGGGACGAAGCAGAAAUGGAGUACUUGAAAAUAGCUCAGGAUCUGGAGAUGUAUGGGGUGAAUUACUUUGCCAUCCGGAACAAGAAGGGGACAGAGCUGCUUCUGGGAGUCGAUGCGUUGGGCCUCCACAUAUACGAUCCAGAAAACAGGCUGACCCCUAAAAUCUCCUUCCCUUGGAACGAGAUCCGCAACGUCUCUUACAGCGAUAAGGAGUUUACAAUAAAACCUCUGGACAAGAAGAUCGACGUCUUCAAAUUCAACUCCUCAAAGCUGCGUGUGAACAAACUGAUCCUUCAGCUCUGUAUCGGCAACCACGACCUGUUCAUGAGGAGACGGAAGGCCGAUUCCCUCGAAGUCCAGCAAAUGAAAGCCCAGGCCAGGGAGGAGAAAGCCAGGAAGCAGAUGGAGCGCCAGCGCUUAGCCCGAGAGAAACAGAUGAGAGAAGAGGCUGAACGCACGAGAGAUGAGAUGGAGAGGAGACUUCUGCAGCUGAAAGAGGAGGCCACAAUGGCAAACGAAGCUCUGAUGAGAUCGGAAGAAACCGCCGACUUGCUGGCCGAAAAAGCUCAGAUCACCGAAGAGGAAGCCAAACUCCUGGCUCAAAAGGCAGCCGAGGCGGAGCAGGAAAUGCAACGGAUCAAAGCCACGGCGAUCCGGACGGAGGAAGAGAAGCGGCUGAUGGAACAAAAAGUGUUGGAGGCCGAGAUGUUGGCGCUGAAAAUGGCGGAGGAGUCCGAACGAAGGGCAAAGGAGGCAGAUCAACUCAAGAACGACUUGCAAGAAUCCCGAGACUCUGAAAGGAGAGCCAAGCAGAAGCUUCUGGAAAUUACCAGCAAGUCCUCCUACACCCAGCCCGUGAACGCAAGUACAACCGCCUUGCCCGCUGACAUGUCAACAUUUGGCAUAAUCAGUGAAAGCCUCUCCUUCGACUUCAAGGAUAACGACAUGAAGAGGUUGUCCAUGGAGAUUGAGAAGGAGAAGGUGGAAUAUAUGGAGAAGAGCAAACACCUCCAGGAGCAGCUGAAUGAGCUGAAGACCGAGAUCGAAGCUCUGAAACUCAAGGAGAGAGAGACAACCAUGGACAUCCUGCACAGCGAGAACCACGACCGGGGGAAUAGCAAACACAACACCAUCAAGAAG